AAUCAAAUACAAAGGAGUGUUGAAGUGGGAAAAGCGCGUGUCGGCUGUGUUCUCAGCAUUUAAACUAUACUUAGGAGGACAGAGUUCAAACACGACGCAGUUAAAGGAGGAGAGAAACAAAUGUAUCUUGUGGACCUGAUGGGACAAGUGGGAGUAAGGAUGCUUCACAGGAACCCGCUGCAGGCUGCCUGGCUUUGUUGUCUGUUGGCUGUUCAGGUGCACAGCUGUCCAGAUACCUGCAGCAAGUGUUCAGGCCCAGAAAGUGACCAGUGUGAGGAAUGUAAAGCAGGAUGGACACUCCAUAAUAACACCUGUGUAGACGUUGAUGAGUGUGGCACGGAGCUGGGUAUCUGUCCCACAAACAGCUACUGCUUCAAUACAGAUGGCUCCUUUGAGUGCAGAGGCUGUGACCCGGCCUGUGUGGGCUGUAUGGGUAGCGGACCAGCACGCUGCAGGAAAUGUGCCUCUGGGUACACACUGACAGGGUCCAAGUGUUUGGAUAUAGACGAAUGUAGUGACAGGGUACUUACCUGUCAUGGUCUGGAUGAGAUUUGUACCAACACAGAAGGCUCCUUCCGCUGUGACUGUGCUGCAGGAUUCAUCCAUAGGGACGGCGUCUGUGUGAAGAAGCAGCAGCCUGGUGUUCAGGGAAAAGGUCUGUUUGAGGAUAUUCAGGAUGACGAGGUGGAGGUGCUGGAGCAGAUGAUCUUUGGGGUGGUGCUUUGUGCUCUGGCCACGCUGGCUGCUAAGGGGGAUUUGGUUUACACAUCUGUAUUCAUGGGAGCAGUGGCAGCCAUGGCAGGGUACUGGCUUUCUGACAGGGGAGACCGUUUGUUAGACAGCUUCCUAAAGGGACGUUAAAGCUCAAAACGACUUUAGCAUUUAAUGUGACACUGCCCAGCAAGGCCUAAGAUAAUCCCUGCUACUAUAAAAUGUCACACUUUAAACAACUGUCCAGCUGUAUCACUUUUUUGUAAUGAGCUUGAAAGUGCUUUUUAUUGUUUUUAAGCAGCUACUUUGUUUUGGCAUUUGGAGCCAUCAACAAACAAUGGUACCAAUUGUAGCUUGAAUUAAGAAGAAUUUACAUCUUGUUUGAAUAUGUUUGCAGAAACCAUGUACUGUAAUAGAUUUGCUUCUCAUUUAGUAACGAUGGCACUGCAUUUGUAACGUGCACAUUUAUACUACAUAGUAAUAUUUCUCUAGUAGUCCCUACUUAUUCUGUCAUUUGUUAAAAAACAAAAUUAUUACUAAAUCGUUAGUUGCCUGUAAUGAUCAGCUUCAGUAUGUGGUGCACAGAUCUUAUCAAGCAGAGAUAACUAAUCUUAAGCUUCUGUAUGGGAGGGGCGGGAUCAUUAGAACUGUUCUACGCUAAAGCGAUGCAAAUGCUCAUGGGAAAAACAUGUUCUGAACAGUCAUUGCCCUAGUAAAAGUGUGUGUGUUUUUUUUUACAUUGUUCUGUUAAUGUUGGUUGGGUGUGCAUAUAUGUUUAUAUCUGGGUUUUAGUUUUGUAUUGUUGAUUUAGGAUUCAUGUUUAUCUACAUUUAUAGUUGUUCAUGACAGAGACCUGGGUAGGGACUGAUGGAGUGAACACAGAUUGGAAAUAAAUAAUUUCUGUCUCUAGAGUGAAUUGCUCUACACAGCACAGGAGAUUGGAAAGUUUCAUUGUUUUUUAGGAUAAUUGAGUUUUUUACUGUUUCUUUAGAAGGAAUGCAUUGAGUACAUCACAAAGGAAAAAAAACAUAUUUAACAAAGUAUGUAUCUAGUAUUGGUAAGU